UCUUUCCUUUCUCUAAAACAAUGGCUUCUAAACUCUUCUUUCUCAUAACAAUUCACAUUCUUAUUUCCCUUCCUUUCUUUGCCCAUCAAUCUUGUGCAGCAAAUGAGGCUUCAAGGAGUACUACUGUCUCACGAGAAACCCUUUGCAAAUUCGCUCCAGACCCUCACUAUUGCAAAUCUAUUCUCCCAAACCAAACCGGAGAUGUCUACAAUUCUGGCCGAUACUGCUUCGGUAAAGCUUUUUACCAAUCUCGAAAAUUCCUGAGCUUAGUUGAUAAAUAUCUUCAACGCCGGUCCACAUUAUCAAAGCCAACUAUUCGUGCUCUAGAAGAUUGCCGAGUACUAGCUGGUAAUAAUAUGGACUUUCUUUAUAGCUCUUAUCAAACUGUCAAUAAGACUAGUAAUACCCUAUCUACCAUGAAAGCCGAUGAUGUGCAAAGCUUACUCAGUGCCAUUUUAACAAACCAACAGACUUGUUUGGAUGGCCUGAAAGAAACAUCUUCGUCCUCGAGCGUGAACAAUGGUAUAUCAGCCUCUCUUUCUAAUGACACAAAACUUUACAGUGUCUCUCUUGCCCUUUUUACAGAAGGCUGGGUUCCUAAGCAACAGAAAAGGGCCACAUAUCAGCCUACAAGGAAGCAACUCCUUUUUACAAACGGACGUUUACCGCUGAAAAUGUCUGCCCAAAAUCAGGCUCUUUACGAGUCUGUGAGCAGAAGAAAACUUUCCCAAACCACUGAUCAAGUCUUAGUGAGCGAUAUAGUUAUAGUGUGUCAGGAUGGGACUGGAAAUUUCUCCACCAUCAAUGAUGCUGUUAAUGCCGCUCCAAACAAUACUGAUGGUACCAAUGGCUACUUCUUGAUAUAUAUCAAAGCGGGUGUGUAUGAAGAGUAUGUGUCCAUUGCCAAGAACAAGAAGUAUUUGAUGAUGAUAGGAGAUGGCAUUAAUCAGACAGUGAUCACUGGCAACAGAAGCGUUGCUGAUGGGUGGACUACUUUCAAUUCUGGCACCUUUGCUGUGGUGGCACCAAACUUUGUUGCAGUGAACAUAACCUUCCGCAACACGGCAGGAGCAGUCAAGCACCAGGCUGUGGCGCUUCGCAGUGGGGCAGAUUUGUCUACAUUUUACAGCUGCAGCUUUGAAGCAUACCAAGAUACCUUAUACACACAUUCUCUAAGGCAAUUCUAUAGCGAAUGCGAUAUCUACGGUACGGUUGACUUCAUAUUUGGGAACGCUGCCGUUGUUCUCCAAAACUGUGGCAUAUAUCCCCGGCUGCCGAUGAGCGGACAAUUUAAUGCCAUCACCGCACAAGGUCGAACCGACCCUAACCAGAAUACAGGCACAUCCAUUCAUAAUUGUACGAUUAGAGCAGCGGAUGAUUUGGCUUCAAGCAAUCAAACGGUGAACACAUAUCUGGGUAGACCAUGGAAAGAGUACUCGAGAACGGUUUAUAUGCAGUCUUGUAUGGAUAGUUUGAUAAACCCAGCUGGUUGGCAGAUAUGGAGUGGAGAUUUUGCUCUGAGCACAUUAUAUUAUGCUGAGUAUAAUAACACAGGACCUGGAUCGAACACAACCAAUAGGGUCACAUGGCCUGGUUACCAUGUCAUUAAUGCUACAAAUGCCGCAAACUUCACCGUCUCCACUUUCCUCGUUGGGGAUGCUUGGUUACCACAAACAGGAGUGCCUUACACUGGUGGUUUAUUAUAAGCCAUAAAAUAACUGAUCAGUGGAUGUAGCUAUUUGUUUUUUCUUUUAUUUUUAUUUGUUUCAUACUAAUUGUUUUUUUAAGGCAACAAAAGGAGCCAUGUAUUACCCAAGCUAUCCAAAUGUAUAGCUGGGUAUUCGUUCCAAGUUAUUUCAGCAAUAAAAUAUAUUGAUCACUUUAAAAGUUUUGUA